CCAAUUCCAAUAACUCUUGGUGACUUAACUGAGCUUAAUGUUUUGUACCUUUAUUCAAACCAACUUUCUGGUCCCAUUCCUGCAGAAAUAGGAAAGAUGAAGUCACUCGAGUAUUUAUCCUUAUGGAGUAAUAAUCUUUCUGGUCCAAUUCCAAUAACUCUGGGUGACUUAACUAAGCUCAAUAUUUUGUACCUUUAUUCAAACCAACUUUCUGGUCCCCUUCCUGCAGAAAUAGGAAAGAUGAAGUCACUCGAGUAUUUAUCCUUAUGGAGUAAUAAUCUUUCUGGUCCAAUUCCAAUAACUCUUGGUGACUUAACUGAGCUUAAUGUUUUGUACCUUUAUUCAAACCAACUUUCUGGUCCCAUUCUUGCAGAAAUAGGAAAGAUGAAGUCACUCAAGUAUUUAUCCUUAUGGGGUAAUAAACUUUCUGGUCCAAUUCCAGUAACUCUUGGUGACUUAACUGAGCUCAAACUUUUGUACCUUUAUUCAAACCAACUUUCUGGUCCCAUUCCUAGCGAGUUGGGGAAUUUGAAAAACCUCAAUAAUCUGCAGCUAUGUGAUAAUCAGCUCAGCGGUUCAAUUCCAAGUACUUUGGGUGACUUAACUAAGCUCAAUAUUUUGUACCUUUAUUCAAACCAACUUUCUGGUCCCCUUCCUGCAGAAAUAGGAAAGAUGAAGUCACUUGAGUAUUUAUCCUUAUGGAGUAAUAAUCUUUCCGGUCCAAUUCCUAGUGAGUUGGGAAAUUUGAAAAACCUCACUAGAUUGGAUUUAUCCUAUAAUCAGCUUACUGGUCUUGUUCCUGUUUCCUUUGGCAAUUUGAGAAACUUGCAGACACUAAAUCUCGCUGCGAACGAACUUUCGGGUUCUAUUCCAAAAGAAUUUGCAUAUUUGGAUAACUUGGUUUUGUUAUCAAUGAGUUUCAAUCACUUUUCAGGCCAUUUGCCAGAGUGGCUUUGCAAAGAUGGGAAACUUGAGAUUUUCGUUGUGAAUGGUAACAAGUUUACAGGGCCAAUCCCAAGAAGCUUGAGCAAGUGCUCGAGUUUCAAAAGGGUUCGCUUCAAUAACAACAGCUUUACUGGGGAUUUAUCUGAAACUUUUGGUAUCUAUCCAGAGCUUCUGUUCAUUGAUUUGAGCGACAACGAUUUUCAUGGUGAACUCAGCAGUAACUGGGGAAAAUGCAAAAAUUUAAUUGAUCUGCGUGUAGCCAGAAAUAACAUUAGUGGUAGCAUACCACCAGAGAUUGGAAAUGUCAAAGGGCUUUUAGGACUUGAUCUUUCAUCGAAUCAUUUGAUUGGGCAGAUUCCAAAGGAAUUUGGAAAAUUAACUUCUCUGGUUAAGCUUUCUGUGCAGAACAACAAUAUCUCUGGAUAUAUACCGGAGGAACUUGGGUCACUGACAAAGUUAGAGUCCCUCGAUCUAUCGUACAACAGAUUGAAUGGAUCAAUCCCGAAGUGUAUAGGAGAUUUCAUGCACUUGUUUCAGUUGAACCUGAGCAACAAAGAUUUCGUGCACUUGUUUCAGUUGAACCUGAGCAACAAGUUUGGCCAGAAUAUUCCAAAGGAUAUAGGAAGGAUAACUCAGCUUAAUGUACUUGAUUUGAGCUAUAAUCUUCUGGUUGGAGGUAUACCCCCUCAGUUAGCCAAUUUGAAGGUCUUGGUAAACUUAAAUCUUUCCCACAAUGGCCUAUCUGGACGCAUUCCUAAAGAACUUGAAAGUUCAUCUGGUUUACAUGAUGUUGUUUAG